AUGGGCAAGGCGUGGCCUGCUGCCAAGAGGGGCAAGGCCCGCGCUGCCGCGCAAUCUCGGGUUACAGCCAGGAGGCCGGCGGCGGCGCCCUCCGCCUUGAAGAAGCCAGCGGCUGCCGACCAGCUCGGCGCGCCCAAGAACGUGCCGUACGUGCGCCACGGGGCCCCGACCAAGAGGAUUCGCCAUGCGCAGGCCACGUGGGCGAGGUCCCUCAAGGACUUCGUGAACACGCCCGCGAAGACCAUCAUCAACAAGCUGACGCGCGACAAGAUCCUCCCUGAUUGGAAGGGCGCCACGUGCCCCUAUUGCGGGGAAGGCACUCUUGGCCCUCUGAAGCACUACGCCGAUUCGAAUGGAGGGUGGGCCUACCGCUGCAACAGCAAGGAGUGCAAGCGCCGCGUGCUCCCGCACGCUUUCCACCCCAUCUUCAAGUGCGGUACGGGGCAGUCGCACGUGAGCUUGGCAGAUCAAGCUUCUGUGCUCUUCUGCUCGAUUGCGAAAUGCUCGCAGACUUCCGUGCGUUUUCUCUUGCAGAAGAAUCAUAAGCUCACGGAGAGCAUCUACGAGUCCUUGCACGCGGUGCGCGCCAAGAGCGUGGUCCAGCACGAGAAGAACAUCAAGUUCGGUGCCGACUUGCCUUGGGCGGACGUAGAAGCCGACGAAGUGGACAUCGCCAAAGGAGAAGACCCCAACACAGACGCUGCGACUGACAAGCCUGUCAUCUGGGAGCAAUGGGGCGGUAUGGUUCAGCGCGGCGACCAGAAAUCCCUCGUCUUGUUCAAGCUGGACCCAGCGAAGACAAAGAGGCGGGCGCCAGGCCCAGGCCCGAUCCGCAAGCGCGAUUGGAAGCCUCUGGCCUACAAGUGGGUCCACCAGCGCAACAUCAUACUGCACACGGACGGGGCCAGGAGUUAUAAGCUGAAGCUCGAAGGGGUCAAGCAUGAUUGGGUUGUCCACGCCAAGAAGCGCGUCAUGGUCAAGGGUAAGUGGGUGUGGAUCAAGCCUAAGUUCACCAAGAUCACCCACCACGAUGUUCCAGAUGACAGCAAGCCCAACAAGACCAAGCGCAUCAUCGACCGCAUCUGGGGCGAGCUGCGGAAACACUUAGGGAACAAGAAGACAGCGAACACCAAGGCGCUGACCAACAAGAUCCGCUCCUACCAGUGGUUGUACUGGCACAGGGGCGAGGAUUUGUGGCUGGCAACAGGGAAGAUGCUGGAGGAGGCCUUCCUCAAGGAGCACUGCCAGUGA